UUUAUUAAAGUCUCUUUUCACACUAUAAAUGCCUAAAACCUCAAAAACCACCAUCAGGAAAAAAAAAAUUCUGAAAAUUUUCGGGCUCUAGUCCGCAAUGACAAAUCGCAGACGCCUUGAAUUUCAUACAGAAGAUCAAACUCCGCAUAAGUGGAGUGUUUCAUUAACUGAAGAAGUGUUCAAAAUAUUUUUCUCUCAGGGAACUCCAAUCCUGCAUAAGAUAUUUGGCGGAGGAUCAUUGUUCAGUCCAUUGUUGUUUGGAAAAUUUUUUGAUCCUUCAGAUGCCUUUCCACUGUGGGAAUUUGAGUCUGAUGUCUUGUUAUCUAAUCUUCGGAGCUCCGGCAAGACUAGUGUUGAUUGGUUUCGGACGGAUGAAGCUUAUGUACUAAAAGCAGAACUACCAGCAGGAGCUGAGAUAAACUCAGUGCGAUUAUAUGCUGAAAAUGGGAAGAUUGUGGAAAUUAGUGGGCAGUGGAAGCAGCAAAAAGAAUCAAAAGCAAAAGAUUGGAGAAGUGGGCACUGGUGGGAACAUGGGUAUGUUAGAAGACUUGAGCUCCCAGAAGAUGCAGAUUGCAGGAAAAUUGAGGGAUAUUUGAACAAUGAUAUAUUUCUUGAAGUAAGAAUCCCCAAGAAAACUUUGGAUUGUGAUAGAGAUGACACCAUAACUAAAAAAUCUGAUCCACUGUAAAAUUGAUAUGAGUAUAAUUUUGGUUUGUGCU